AUGAAUCAAAAGGUAUGUUUAAGAACGUGAAUAAAAUAGUUUAAUAAUACAUGGUUCGAGUAAUACACCGUAGAAAGGACAACCUUGAUCCCUUAAGAUAUCCUUGCUAUUCAGUACAUAGUGUUGACUGCAAAUAUAUCGUAGGAAUGAUCAUUAAAAUAUCCGUAUAUAUAAUUGCGUAUACGUUCAAAUAAUAGGUGGUCUGUUGAGCUGUCGGACGAACAAUUAUAAAAUAGUACAUUAAAAUAUUUAUAUAUUACAUUGUCGGUACGAUUAAUGUCCAUUUUUACAAACGUGUACAUGUUGUUUGUUGGGUUUCGUGAAUUGGGUUCCAUAUACAUAUAGCAUGUUAUACCGUCGUAUAUAAAAUCACGAUAAAAAAUGGAAAUAGGUUCAAAUUGUGUUUCAUCCACGACGUUUCUGUUAUUCCACUAAAAAAUAUAAAUAAAUAAAUUAGAAUAUAAUUUAAUUUUUAAGGGAAAAAUUUUUUUUUACCUUUUUUCUUACGCGAUUUCUUUGGAUAUUAAAUAUGUUUAAAAUUAUUCCAUGGUCCCACUAUAAGAAAAUAAAUAGUUUUAAUAUAUAUAUAUAUAUAUAUAUAUAUAUAUAUAUAUAUAUAUAUAUAUAUAUAUAUAUAUAUAUAUAUAUAUAUAUAUAUAUAUAUAUAUAUAAUUGUGAAUUAUUUUUUAUACCUGUUUGUUCAUUUUUUAGUGGCAGCACGCGAUAAUUCAUAGAUGGUUUUGUCCUUCACACAACGAAGAUGGUCUGGCUAAUAUGUAUAUUCAUUCUGAUCACGAUGACCAUUCUGAUUACCAUAUUGAUAUUGAUGAAAUGAUGAUAACAUUUUUGCAUAAUGACGUAUUAUAUAGUGAUGUGCGGACAUAUGUUUACAUGGGGAAACAUGAAUUUAUAAAAGAUUCAAUAAAUAUUGAAAAAGUAGAAUUGGGUCGGGAUUAUGGACCAGUAAAAUAUAGUGUAAAACCUACAACGUAUAGUAUUUUAGGAGGGCGGAACAACAAUGAUUAUGACUACGUUAUAAUGGGGUACGUAAUGCGUGUUUUGCAAAAGUAUUUUUAUCAACACGAAUAUUCGCUUGAAAAUAUUGUAGAAUUACAAUUACGAAUAUUACAAACAAAUCGUGUAACAAAGGGUGUUUUAGUGUCACCCGCAGCCAUACGUGAGUUGUGUAAAGUUUUUAGAAUAAUUUAAUUUUGUAUAUUAGAUCUCAAAAAGAAGAAGAUGAAAUAAAACCUUAUUUUGAAGAAGAUCGUGAUUUAAUUGAUUGUCUACUUAUAACCUAUGAUGUGACGGGAUGGGCGCUUCAUACGACGAAUAUAUUUCUCAGGGAUGAAAUUUAUACGUUAAAGUUUUUUGUAUUCUUGUCUGAAAUAAAAAGUGAUGUGGAUUUGACACUGGGGGUUGCAAGUUCUGGAACAUUAACAUUUUAUAGGGUUGAUUUAAUAUAUUCCGAGACGCGUAUACGCGUUAGAUUUGAACAUGAUGAUUAUCUCGCCUAUUGGAUGACGACAUAUUUGAAUAUUGAAUUAGAUUUUACAACUGAUGAUAAUAAUAGAUAUGAUAGUUAUAUUAAUAUGUAUGAUAGUUAUAAAAAAAUACUUUAUUCUAAUUUAUUAAUGGAAUAUUUUUGGACAAUGUUUAGUUCAAAGAAAAGUGUUGCUAGGGAUGAACCUAAUUGA